AUAAUAAAUCCUAUAAAUUCACUAGAUGUCCUAAAGUUGCAGCAUUGCGUGUGAUCAACAUGAAGCUCUUAGUUCUUCUUCUUCCUCUAGUGGCACUGUGCAGUGGUGCACCAAAACCCUUAAUCCCGGGUGACAACAGUCACUACGUGGAGGGUGUCAGCCGCUACAUAUGGAUGCCCGAUGGUGACGGUGUACCGCACCUGGUUGACUUAGAGGAACCAGUCGACGAAGAAUUAUUGAACUCUAGAAAUGGCGCUAACAAUCAGUACUGGCUCUACACCAGGAGCAAUCCCACCAGUUCGCAAAUUAUUACCAAUGGCAAUGCAAACUCCGUGCGUAACUCCAACUACAACGGUAACCGACCCUUAAAAGUUGUAGUCCAUGGCUGGAACAGCAACGGAAAUUCUCAAGUUAAUCCCCUCGUCACUUCAGCUUUCCUCGCUGUUCAGGAUUGCAAUGUCAUAGUUGUUGACUGGCGGCAACUUGCUAAUUCUAACUAUGUGACUGCUGCGAACGGUGUCCGUGGUAUUGGAGAGUCCCUUGGCAGCUUCUUGACGUGGCUUCUUCAAACUGGAGGCGGCAACUGGGACAAUGUUCAUUUAAUCGGCUUCAGUUUAGGUGCUCAUGUUGUCGGCAAUGUCAGACGUACCGCUGGAGGCACAGCCAGACGUGUCACUGGUCUCGACCCUGCUGGUCCCAGUUUCGGUGGCAAUUCGAACGCGUUAAACCGUAACGCAGGUCGUUACGUGGAAUCGAUUCACACCGACGGUGGACUUCUGGGAAUCUUCGAUCCUAUAUCUCAUUGCGAUUUCUACCCGAAUGGUGGUAGGAACAGACAACCAGGCUGCUCGAACAGCGCCUGUUCUCACAGCCGUGCAUACGAGCUCUUCGCUUCCACCGUACGCACGAACCACUUGGUCGGAAGGCGCUGCAAUAACAUAAACGAUGCUCAAAACAACCGGUGCAAUGGAAAUACUCUUAACAUGGGCAACGGUAUUAUAAACAAAUCAGGAACUAAUGGACUCUACGGCCUCACUACGGGUUCCUCUUUCCCCUUCUAAGUCAACGAAAUACACAUGUCUAAUAAACGAUUAUAAUUAGAAAAUCAA